CUCACAUUCAAAUUGACUCAUACCGAGUCGACUCGCACAUUUCACUCAGAUCUAGAUCUUACUGUGCUGACAUCAUAUAUAUGCUGACAUGUGGAGUCCAUCGCGGUAUAAAGUUAGUACGGAGGUGACUGUCUCUGGUUAGAAUUCCUCCCUCGUGAUAUUAAGCUAGUCUAUACAAAAUCACCACAAAUUCACGUCUCCCAAGUCACUCUACAUUUACACCAGUCCCGCAGAAUGACUCGGAACAAUGUAGAUGCCCUAACAUGUCUGGCAUUUUCGCCCGACGGCCAGAAAAUUGCUAGUUGUACUACUUCUUCGGGAGUGGCCAUUACCGACAUAUCCUCGAAGAGCAAGCAGCAGCUAGACAUGCUUGCAGAUGCCCAUACGCACGUCACUGCUGUAGCAUGGUCUUCUGACGGAGAAAGAAUUAUAAGCGCAUUACCAGACAACACGAUACGUUGCUGGGAUGUUAUCUCAACACGCCCUGUAGGAUUACCAUUUAGAGGGCACAAGGACCUGGUCCUCGCCGCAGCAUUUCUUCCUAACUCAUCUCACGCAAUAAGCUUGUCGAGGGAUGGAGAGUUGCUUGUAUGGGAUACAGGAAGCGGGGCAGUCAUUCAACAAGUGACAGUGUCAAAUGCUGCUCAAACCAUUUUCGUGGCGGCUCUAUCUGUCGAUACUAGUCUCCUUGUUACUAGCGAUACAAAGGAGGCCGUUGCUUGGCAGAUACCAACGUGUGCCCAAAUAGCAGAGAUCCCGCUUCCAGAUAUACCAUUGCUUCAAGCUGCUAUUAUUCCGAAUGAUUGUCCUCGAGUAGUCCUUGCAUUUGGCGACAGGUCUUUCUGGGUAUGGGACGUGAAUACAGGGAAGCACGACGAUGCGCGCUUCGAAGGCCUUGAUGAAAAUGACAUCCCCUUUGCUAUGGCGGCUUCUCCAGACGGCAAGCUUUUGGCGCUGGAAAUUGACGGCGACGGCGAUCGCCCCACACAUUUCUAUGAUAUAAAGGGUCACGAAUUAACUACCUCCGAUAUCAAAUGUAUCCAUCCAUUUGCAUUUUCAUCGGAUGGCAAGUUUUUUGCAGCCUCGAGCGUGCCAUCGGAUUCGAAAGAUGUUUUUUGUAAUCUAAUUGUCCGUUCAGUAGAAGAGGCAAGAAAACUUACACCACAGGUUCAAUCCUGACCACUAACUAAUUCAAGCAAACUAGAUUCUUGGCAGUGGUAGCCCCCUUGAUGUAAGAUCUAGGUUUAUACUUAACAGAGCAGUGAGCUCAUGGUAUGCAACAGUUUCCUGCAACAAUUACCUCGAAAGGCAAAGGAAAACAACGUUCGCUGGGAUUAAACCCGGCAUUCUUCGAUCAACCGCCGCCUCCUUCAGGCAGUGCAAAGGGUCGCCCUAUUCGACUUGGAUCUGGACCCUCAUCGACUCACCAGCAGGCUUCCCCAAGGACCACCAG